UGCGACUCACGGAAGGGACUCCACUCGAGCCUUGUUGUUAUUAUCCGGAGCUAACUGUCAGGCAGAGCAAACCACCUGUUUUAAACUUAAACGUCAACAUGUCGUCAGACUUCGAAGCCUACGAGCAGGACUUUGGAACCGCCACAGCAGAAGUAACCAACAAAAUUGGCAGAAUUCCCAAACUAAGUGGAGAGGAGAAGACACAGCUGGUUCUAAAUGUCGACAAACAGCUUGAAGAAGUCAGAGAGUUGCUGGAGCAGAUGGACCUGGAGGUGCGGGAGAUUCCCAUCCAGAGUCGAGCAAUGUACAACAGCAGACUGAAGAGCUACAAGCAGGAAAUGGAGAAGCUCGAAAAAGACUUUAAAAGGUCACGCAUUGCCUACAGUGAUGAGGUGCGCAACGAGCUCCUGGGGGAUGACGCCAGCUCCUCCGAGAAUCAGUUGAUAAAGUUACGUGAGGAGAGAGCGCAUCUGUUGGACAACACAGAGAAGCUGGAAAGGUCAUCACGGAGACUUGAGGCCGGCUACCAGAUAGCGGUAGAAACUGAACAAGUGGGCCAGGAGGUUCUUGCCAACCUGCACACCGACCGUGAGAAGAUCCAGAGAGCCAGAGAAAGACUGAGAGAAACAGACGCCAACCUGGGCAAGAGUUCUCGCAUCCUUACCGGCAUGCUGAGAAGGUAAGAGGCAGGAUCAUCCAGAAUCGUGUCCUGGUCUUCAUCCUCGGAGCCAUCAUCCUUCUCACCAUCAUCCUGGCCAUCUAUUUCAAUCUGCGAGGCCACUGAUCUCCCCUCUACACACACACAUACGCGACCCCCACGCCCCCCGCUCCCCGUCACAAAUACAAACACACGCGUGAUUAAUAGCGACAAAAGCGUUGUUCUGCUGUAAUUAGGACAAAUGGUCUCCAUGAAUCACUGUUUCCGAAGCCUGACAGGGAGUUUUUUUUUCCAUCUCUUUCUCCUUGCCUGUUUGCUGUCUCUUCCUCCUCUUUCUUCCCCUUUUUUUCACAUCACUUUGCUGCUUACCUUUCUUUCUUUUCUACUCUUCAGCUUUGUCCCCUCUCUGUCAGGCAUUCUCCUACAUCUCCUGGAACAAGAAUAGCUUGGGAGAUGUUUUUAAGAUUAGUUCAUAUUUUUCAUAGUGUCGUCCUCAAGGUGGUUUCGCAGCUCAUCCUGUCCCGAGGUGAACAAGGCCUUGGAAGUUUCUGUAAACUCCAAACAGAGUCACAUAUGUAGAUUCUUAUUUUUUUUUUUCUAUGAAAGAGGUCGGGUCAAGUGUUAUUCAGGGUGUGUGUGUGUGUGUGUGUGUGUGUGUGUGUGUGUGUGUGUGUGUGUGUGUGUGUGUGUGUGUGUGUGUGUGUGUGUGU